AUGAGCAACUCAUCACGCCCCAACCUCUCUCUUAAAUCAGAGCAAUCAGCGUCGCAGCAACUGAAACCAGAGGUUAGUGGGACACCUGGGCCGGGCCGGCUCAGACCUGACUGCCAGGUUCUGAUUGUCACUGAGAGCAGACACGGGAGGAAAAGAAGCAGCUGUGAGCAGCAACAUCAACUACACAAGCAUCACAGAGACUCAUGUGAACGAAACGAAACUUUUGGAGCUUCCAUGGGGUCUACAGGUCAUUUCGCGUACAGCUUGGAACCUCCACCUUCCACAGAAAAGCAAACCUCCCCGGUCCUCCCCAGGCCGCUGGCCGUCUCUUCUGCCGUCUCCUCCCAGUGGAUGGUGCGGACCAGUGCCUUGGCGGGGGAGUGGGACCGGGAAUUACCCAGAGAGGAAAACAGCACAUCUGGACAUCACUUGGGAAGGACGUGUGUGGUCAGAAGCUACGGUGAGUCAACGGCAGACAGAGGAAGGACGUCAGGUACCAACGACAGGCUAAUUUCUGUGGAAGAACUGGAUUGA